GUGACAAGCUCCAGCGGGGGAAGCAUCAGUGCAGGUGUCCUCGGUUUAAAAAAAAAAAAAGGGAAAAGAAUGUUCUCCUGUCACAUCGGAGACAAGACCCGACCGUAAGUAGCCUAAGACGGUGGAGCAGGAACCCCAAAGCUGAUAGAAGAAGAAAGAAAAAAAACGAUAAAUGUUUCGUCUGCCAUGAAAUCCGAAAGCAGCAGCAGCGAAGAGGAGAAAGACGCGCUCGUCUGGAUGAGAGACCCCCCGCGGGGCGACGACGCACGCGGCGCGUGUCGAGCUGAGACGUGACGACGACGGGAGCCAAAUGAUGAACAAACAGCCACAACACCACCAAAAAAGACAACAACAACAAAAAAAACAGCCGAGUGAUCGUUUUAAGAUGUGGGCUGCGAGAAGAAUAGGGCCUGUGCCACCCUGUGUGGGUUUAAUCACUGAUCAUUCCUCACAAUCAUCUCCAGCAUCGCGGGCUGAGCCUCGUGGAUGAGUCGACCGGACUGUCUUCACGUGUGCUCUGGGCGACGGCUGCACGUUGAGUUGUUCACCUGAAAUCCGCUGACAAAAGGAGGACCAGCAACGACCGGUUUAUUCGUUCUUGCACCAGAGGUGGUCUUUUUUUUUCUUCCUUAUUCCGCUGAUCGAGAUGGGACUAACCUGACUCUCUGUCAACGCGCCGCUGGAUGUGAGGCCACGCGUGCCGCUGGACAAUGCCGAGCUCCCCGGCUCCCGAUGUGGGAACAAAUUUCUCCGACGCUCCCUGGGAGCCCGGUUUCACCGGCUCCAAUGGAGACACGCUGUGGUCCUCCACGGUGAACAGCGUGGUCAAGAUGGUGCUCAUAUCUCUCAUAGUGUGCGUGUCCUUGUUCGGCAACGUGGUGGUGCUGCUGGUGUUCCAGAGGAAGCCUCAGCUCCUCCACGUCGCCAACCGCUUUGUCCUCAACCUCCUCUUGGCGGACCUGCUCCAGACCAUAUUGGUCAUGCCCUUUGCCAUUGCCGCCACCGUGCCGGGUGUGUGGCCCCUGGAUGCCCGGCUGUGCCAGGCCCUCGUCGUGCUCAUGCACCUUUUCGCGUUUGCCGGGGUCAACACCAUCAUAGUCGUCUCCGUGGAUCGCUACCUGGCCAUCAUCCACCCUCUGUCCUAUCCCACCCGUAUGACCCCUCACCUGGGAACCAACCUGAUCAUCUGCACCUGGGUGCUCAGUUUCCUGCAGAGCACGCCUCCCCUCUACGGCUGGGGGGCCAUUGACUUCGACCGGCAUCACAAGGUGUGCUCGGUGGUGUGGUCCUCCAGCCUCUCGUACUCCGUCGUGGUGUCCACCUUCUCCUUCUGGCUGCCUGUACUCGUCAUGCUGGGAUGCUACUGGAUGGUGUUCAGGGCGGCUCGGAGGCAGAACGCCCUCGUGCACCCCAUACAGACGCGGUCCUACUCCCAGCCCUGGCCGCAGGAAUUCCAGGGACCCGGCGGUCAACAGUGCCCGCCACAGUCCCAACCACAGCCACAACCCCAGCCGCCACAACCCCAGCAGGCCUGUUCCCCCGAUGCCCCCUACUCGGCCAGGGGUUACCCUGUUCGGGUCCGGCACAGACGCUUCCACUACCACUGCAAGGCCGCUCGGGUAGUUUUCGUGAUCAUGGCCUCCUACAUCCUCAGCAUGGGGCCUUACAGCAUACUUAACUCCUUAUCUAUGAGCGCCAGAGCAGCCGUGCCCCCCUGGCUCUCCUCCCUCGCCCUCGUGCUCUUCUUCUUGCAGUGCUGCCUCCACCCGUACAUCUACGGCUACAUGCACCGCAGCGUGAGGAAGGAGUUCCUCGCGUUGCUCUGCGGGCUGUUCUGCGCGCCGGGCCGCCCCAGAGGGAGCUCCGCCGCCGAGAGCGGCUUCACGACCACGGAGGGACGUUUGGUGGUCCACGCUCACCUGCCCAGUCUGACGGCCCGAGUCUUCCCUCUGCGGACAUGGGAAGAGUGCACGACGUCGUCCUCGCCCAGGUCGAGGGACGGCCGCAAGGAGACGACCUCCACCAGCGUCAGCUCCGAGAGGGAGCUCACAGUCCACAGCCAACCGGGCACAUGAACACGAACAUCAACUAAUACUUUCUCCUUGACAACAGGGUCGUUCGUUCUGAAGUUGAUCAUCAAACUGUCCCUGAUGCUAGAAUUAUUUUUGUUGCAUUACAAGUGUAUAAUAGAGUGGAGUGAAAGAAAUCCACAAUAGCAUUAUUUUCAUUAAUUUAUUUUGAGACUUCUUGGAGCCGUUAAAAACGUUUCAGAUUAGUCUCAAUGUAAGCAGCUGUUAUUUUUGUAUUUGAGUGUUUUGUCAUCUAGUUGUUAGUAUUUGAAAUGUAUCCAGCUAUUGCACAAGCUACUCUUACUUAAUGAACUGGGUAUUUAGAUCAAUUUGUUUUCUCCAAAAGACUGAAUUUAAUUAAUGGUUGACUGCCUACACGUCUGUUACAAAUGUUUUAAUGUUCUUUUCCAACUAAACCGGCUGUUAAGACAGAAAUGAUAAUGUCGGAUCAAAGGUCUUUCACCCUAAUCCCGGGCGAUGGAUGCCUCUGAUAUAGCAUUGAUCUGCAGUAUCUGCACAACAACCACAUCUUCUACAAACUCGCUUUUGUGAUCCUGCCUGAGGGCACGGAAUGUACUCUCCUAUUACUAAAGCUUGUCCUGCAACGAUUGAACUCAGGGUGUAUGCUUGUGGAACGACGAAUGGUCUCUGUUCUUGAAUGUUGAAGAGAAAGCGACGGUAACUGUUCAAGGUCUCAGAAGCGCCUUUUGAGUACCCGAGUAGACUGGGGAUUUAUUGUGCCGGGAGCUGGUGUCUUAGCGCUUCAGUUACCUUUAACUCCACCAAGGUGCGAAUUCUGCGUCAACUCUGCAGUGUGACACUGUCGAUCUGGACUCCGUAUUUGCUGCCUUUAUCAAUGUCAGUCUUUCUUUGAGGGAGCUCGGUAUUUUUAUUGAGAGUGCAGGCUAUGAGAAAACAUUCCAAGAAAACGACUCCCGUGGACUCCUUGCACCAGUUAUUCAACGAAGGCCGCAUGCCGCCAGUUUUUUUUAUAUAAGACAUUUCUUAUAUUCCACUGAACACAUGUAGAUUUGUAAAAACUGUGCUUAAAAAGAAUGAGUACUUGUGUAAGUGGUGUAUGCUUGCAAUGACUCUGUUAAGAGUGUAUGAAUGCAUGUACCUGUAACUGUUUCCUGGGUCGUGAUAUCAAGAGCACCAUUCCCAUAUAAGGGCAGUGUUCCCUCCCCUUUUCUCUGUGUGUCCCCGUCUCUCCCGUGAGCGGGCAGUUGAGCAUGGUGUGCUUACAUUAAAGAAUGCCACGAGUCGGAUGGCUAAAGAGA